UGGGUGAGGCUGGCCCAGGUCACUGUCAAAGGUGCUCAAUAUAACUCCUGUGAAUAUCAGCCCCACCUGAAAUGUUUGGAUGGGACCCAGGUUGAACUCCUUAAAUACAUCCACACCUUACUGGAUGACCCAGAAAAGAAUCAACUCAUUUGGCUGCAUGGCACAGCUGGUGUCAGAAAGUCUGCCAUUGCAUUUACAGUUGCUGAAAAUAUGAGAGGUCUAAAAGUGACAGAGGAGACAAAUGUCAAAAAGUGGCUAGUGGGAACAUUCUUUUUCUUGCACAAGCACACCAAGUGCUGCACAGCUGGAUAUUUCUUUACAAUGCUUGUCUACCAGCUUGCCACCAAUUUUCCAAGUAUCCAGCAGGAUGUGAACAGAGUGAUCCAUAACAAUCCUGCUCUGCUAGACACAGACAUGCCUCUUUGUGACCAGAUGGAGGCUCUCUUUCUCCAACCUCUCCAGAAACUU